AUACUGCAGAGCCUUGUAAUAGUCUCAGCACAGGAAUGCAAUGUGAAAUGGAUCCAGUUUCACAAACCCAAGCCUCAGAGACCCUGGCUCGUAGAGGAUUCAGCCUAGUUGGAUGGUAUCAUUCCCACCCUGCCUUUGACCCCAAUCCUUCUGUCAGAGAUAUUGACACUCAAGCCAAGUAUCAGACUUAUUUCUCUCGAGGUGGUGCUCAGUUUGUUGGGAUGAUCAUAAGUCCAUAUAAUCAACGCAACCCUUCACUGUACUCGCAGAUUACCUGUUUGCUUAUUAGCGAGGAACUCAGUACUGAUGGAUCUUUUCGUCUUCCAUACAAGUUUAAAAUACUACAAACACCAGAUGAGCCUCAGUGGACAUUAGUAUUGAAGAAAGCACAGUGGAUAGUGGAAAAUUAUAGGCAAUCCCAAGGUAGGGUUCCUAUGGAGAGCAUCUUUCACAGAGAGUCUGGUUUGACCUGUCUUCAAAAAAUGAUGGAAUGUAUGAGGAGGACUUUGGAAAACCUGACUAGCAACAUGCUAGCUGAAGAAUUCAUGACUCAGAUAGAGCAUGUGUUCCACACAAAUUACCAAGCCAUGGAAGAAAGUGGCAACCUAGAGGACCCACCUGCUCCAACAUCUGAAGAAUGUUUAACAGAACAAAUAAGGAGGGAAAAUGAAACAUGAGCUCAUUAUCUAAAAAUGUUAAUUUUGGGGUAGCUUGCUCUCCACGUCUUUGUCCUGCCUAAGAAAUAAAUAUCACAGUAUUUUU